AUAUUAUGUGUGUGUAUAUUAUGUGUGUGUAUGGGCGCCUAGAUAUAUUUUAAGUAUAAAUUUAGACAUGUCUAAGACUUCAAAAGGUGUCCAAUAGACGAAGACGAAGUACAACCAAUCAGUGUGAACGACAUAAGACCAACCUUAUAAGAAAUGAAAAAUGGGAAGACUACUGGACCUGUAAACAUUGUUAUUGAAUUGAUAAAACUCAGACCAUCAGCCCAUCAGUACUAAAUAGAAUUGUUAGCAGAGAUCUUUAAUAAAUGUCUAAUCAAAUAAGAAAAUAGUUCAGAAGAUUGGUGCUUGGCGUAUACAGGGAGUCCAGAAACUCUACCGACAAACGAAAACAGGACGUUCCUCAGAUAAUUUUAAGAGAAUUUAAUCCAAUUCACCUAGUCCGAAAAUGCUUCCUAAGGGAGCUAGAGCUCUUUGAAGAUGGCGUCUUUUAAUUAGUUUUUCUUAAAUGCCUCCAGAACAGUUCUAGUUAGAAAAACGAAAAUUGGUACACAUAUUUGUCUUCCAGAGUUAUUUAAGACCUCAUAAUUAAAGAUGUCUAAAGUAGGAUGUUCUUCAACAUCAAGCCAACAAUUCGAGGGCGAAGCACCCUCCUCUGUGGCCCAAAAGAUGUGGGAAAUGUCUAAUGCUGUGGAAGUUGUUAGUUCAGUAGAUGAAAUAUAUCGUUACGAUAAAAAACAGCAACAAGAUAUCCUAGUCGCUAAACCAUGGGAAAAAGAUCCACAUUUUUUCAAAGAUAUCAAAAUUUCCGCAUUAGCUCUUUUAAAAAUGGUCAUGCAUGCAAGGUCUGGAGGAACCCUCGAGGUAAUGGGAUUAAUAUUAGGUAAAGUAGAUGGAAAUACAAUGUUUGUCAUGGACUCUUUUGCUUUGCCAGUAGAAGGUACAGAAACUCGUGUUAAUGCUCAAGCCCAAGCUUAUGAGUAUAUGAGUUCCUACAUCGAAGCAGCAAAGUUGGUAGGUAGACAAGAAAAUGCAAUAGGCUGGUACCACAGCCAUCCUGGCUAUGGUUGCUGGUUAUCUGGAAUAGAUGUAAGCACUCAAAUGUUGAACCAAAACUUCCAGGAACCUUUUGUUGCAAUAGUUAUCGAUCCUGUUCGCACCAUCUCAGCUGGAAAAGUAUGUCUAGGAGCUUUUAGAACUUAUCCAAAGGGCUACAAACCUGCAAAUGAGGAACCUUCUGAAUACCAGACUAUUCCUCUAAAUAAAAUAGAAGAUUUUGGUGUGCACUGCAAGCAAUACUACUCAUUAGAGGUAUCUUACUUUAAGUCAGCUUUAGAUAGGAGGUUAUUGGAUUCUCUUUGGAACAAAUACUGGGUUAAUACUCUUAGUUCUUCUAGUUUACUAACUAAUGCGGAUUAUACUACUGGGCAAAUAUUUGACUUGUCGGAAAAAUUGGAACAGUCAGAAGCAGCAAUUGGGCGUUGCGGUUGUAUCGUAACAGGAGAAAAACGAACCGAAGACAAGUUGUUAAAAGCAACCAAGGAUAGCUGUAAAACCACCAUAGAAAUCAUACAUGGACUGAUGGCUCAAAUGGUUAAAGAUAGAUUGUUUAAUAGUGUGACUCCCAGUAAUCGUAUACAGUAAAAUUAGUAGAUAUUUCCGUGGAUGAGUUUUUUGUUUUGUUCGUUGUCAUAUAACAGUAUAAACGACAUUCUUUUUCAUCUUUUGAAAACUUGAAAAUAAAUUAUUAGUUCAAUAAAUUUUUAUGUAACAAUUUA